AUGCAUGCAUCCAGUUUUUGGAUAAGAACCCUUCAACUGCGCAGAUUCGCGCCCCCCACCACCACCACCCCCGACCCACCCCCUGUCAAUCAGGCCAGCCCGGGGACCGGCGGCGAGUGCCCUCUCGGGCCGGCAGGGAACGCUGCAGGGCAGGCGGCGGCUUGCCAGCCCGGCGGGGGCGGGCCAGGGGCGGAGGCGCGGGGCGGUCCAGCCGGCAGGGAGGGAGGGAGGGAGCGGGCAGCCGGCAAGCGCCGGAGUCGAGCGGCGGCAGAAGCAGCAGCAAGCAGGAGCAGCUCCCCCUGGGCCAGCAGCAUGCAGCUCCAGCCGGCUCCCUGUGCCCACGGCGGCCCCCCGGAGGCAGGUGGGCUGGCUCCGGCGGAGAAGAUCAAGGCCAAGCUGAAGAAGACCCUGCCGGUGACCGGACCGCAGGCGCCCACCCUGCGCGAGCUGAUGCGCUGGUACUGCAUGAACACCAACACGCACGGCUGCCGGCGCAUCGUGGUCUCGCGGGGCCGUCUGCGUCGCCUCCUCUGGAUCCUGCUCACCCUGGCGGCUGUGGGCCUCAUCCUGUGGUACUGCGCCCAGCUCAUCCUCAACUACUACGUGGCCUCCGUCUCCGUCACCGUCCGCUUCCACAAGCUGCCCUUCCCCGCCGUCACCAUCUGCAACAUGAACCCCUACAAGUACAGUGCCAUCAAGGGGCACUUGGAGGAGCUGGACAAGCAGACCAUGGAGGCCCUUGAGUCCCUGUACGACUUCUCGGGCAGCCCCACCCUCCGGGCCCGGCGCGAGGCAGGCACUGAGCCUGCUGGGAAGAACAAAGAGCUCCAGCGCUUCCCUCUGCUGAAGCUCGAGAGCCUCCGGGCCAAGAUGGGCACCGAACUCUCCACAGGGCACCGGCGGCGGAUUGCCGGCACCGUGGUUAGCCCAGAAGGAUCCACCAUGGUGAAGAAUCCCAAAGACAUUGUGGGCUUUCAGCUGUGUGACUCCAGCGACAACAGCAGCUGCGUCCUCUACACCUUCAGCUCAGGGGUGAACGCCAUCCAGGAGUGGUACAAGCUGCACUACAUGAACAUCAUGGCCCAGAUCAAACCCAAGGAGAAACAGCUGAUGAGCUACUCAGCAGAAGAGCUCCUGCUCAGCUGCUCCUUUGACGGCAUGUCCUGUGACACCAGGAACUUCACUUACUUCCAUCAUCCACUCCAUGGGAACUGCUAUACCUUCAACAGUGGGAAGGACAAUCGGAUCCUGAGCACGUCCACUGGAGGCAGCGAAUAUGGACUGCAGGUGAUCCUGUACAUCGAGGAAGGUGACUACAACCCCUUCCUGGUGACCUCCACGGGGGCCAAGAUCGUGGUCCAUGACCAAGACGAGUACCCCUUCAUCGAGGACAUCGGCACCGAGAUUGAGACGGCCACGGCCACCUCCAUCGGGAUGCACUUUACGAAGUCCACCCGGCUCAGCAAGCCCUACAGCAACUGCACCGAGGACGGGACAGACAUCCCCGUGGAGAACCUGUAUAACAAAAACUACUCUUUGCAGAUCUGCCUGCACUCCUGUUUCCAGAAGCUCAUGGUGGAACGGUGCGGCUGCGCCCAUUACGCUCAGCCCCUGCCCCCCAACGCUGAGUUCUGCAACUACAAAAAGUACCCAAAUUGGAUGUACUGCUACUACAAGCUCCACAAGGACUUUGUGAAGGAGAAGCUGGGCUGCCAACAGAUUUGCAAAGAGGCCUGCAGCUUGAAGGAAUGGACGCUGACCACCAGCCUAGCCCAGUGGCCCUCAACUGUGUCCGAGGAGUGGAUGCUCAGGGCCCUCUCUUGGAACAGAGGGAAAGACAGCAAAACCGUCUUGAACAAGACAGACCUGGCAAAACUCAUGGUGUUCUACAAAGACCUGAACGAGAGGCUCAUCUCGGAGAACCCAGCAAAUACCAUCGUCCUCCUCCUCUCCAACUUCGGGGGCCAGCUGGGCCUGUGGAUGAGCUGCUCAAUGGUCUGUGUCAUUGAGAUCAUCGAGGUCUUCUUCAUCGACACCUUCUCCAUCAUCUUGCGCCGCCGCUGGCAGAAGGCCAAGAAGUGGUGGCAGGGCUGGAGGGCCGGGGCGGGGCUGGAGCCCGGGGCGGACCCCGAAGACAGGCCCCGGGGCGCCCAGGGCCACGACAACCCCGCCUGCAGCGGAGACGACGACCUGCCCACCUUCAACUCGGCCCUGCAGCUGCCCUUGUCCCCGGCCGGCCUGCCCCCCCGGACUCCCCCACCCACCUACAGCACCUUGCACCUGGACUGUGCCUUUCGGGAGCAGAUGCCCGACACGUGCCAGGGGGGCCGGGCGCCCUGA